UGAGUAUAUUGUAUUGUCUCCUGUCCUUCGGCAUAUGUGUGUGUUUGUAUGUGUUGCUGACGCUUCAUGCUUUGAAAGAGGCACUUGCAUUCUUCCGCUAUGUCUGUCAUACUCAGAGAAUGUUGCCCCAGACUCUGGUGACGCCCCAUCUGAGAAUUCGGUUGUGGUGACACCGAAAGAGGCUAAAGUGGCAUCCAAAGACACAGAGGCCAGAGUGAAAAUCACAGAACCAGAGGCGGCCGUGCCCAUACCUGCUGCUGAGGCCCCUCAGCCACAAACUGUAGUAAUUGUGGUGACUGAACUAGAACCUGUAGAGGGUGAGGUCACAGACCCACAGCCUUUAGAAAACGGGCACAGUGAACCAGAGCCAACACAGGCUGAGAAGCGUGUCGAGGUAAAAGAAGAGCAGCCCGGCACUUCAAAAGUUCCUGCACCUUCAAUGAAGAAGUCUGCUGAGACAAAAGCUACCCCUAAAAAAGAUAAAGAUGAUGAUGUCACCGCCAGCACCCCAUCACCUCCACCUCCAGCAGAGGACAGCAGCACUCCCAAGAAACUUUCUAUUGACCUUCCUAAUGAUAGCGACCCUGAGUCAACCAGGGGGAGGAAAGACUCAGUGUGGUCUCUGGGGGACGGACAGCCUGCCGAGGAGAUCGAAAAACAAACCGAGACUCCGCCACUCUCGACUCUGUUGAUUGAAAUGCCGCAGAGUGGUUCCAUCAAUGUAGGUGGCGACAUCACCUUCACUGCUAAGGUGGAGGCCAAAGACUUGCUUCGUAAACCAACCAUUAAGUGGUUCAAAGGAAAGUGGAUGGAUCUGGCUAGUAAGACGGGGAAGCAUCUGCAGCUUAAAGAAUCUUUCGAUCGCUUUACCAAGAUUCACACCUUUGAGAUGCACAUUAUUAAGGCGAAGGAGAACUAUGCAGGGAAUUACAGAUGUGAGGUCACCUACAAAGACAAAUUUGAUAGCUGCUCUUUUGACCUGGAGGUCAAAGAAAUCCCAGAGGGUUCUCAAAACAUCGAUAUCCGCUCAGCUUUCAAAAGAAGCACUGAUGGCCAAGACGAUGCAGGCGAGCUUGACUUUAGUGGGCUUCUCAAACAUAGACAAGGCAGGGAGCACAAGCAAGAGGAAGUUCCAGAGGUGGAUGUGUGGGAGAUUUUGAAAAAGGCCCGACCUGAUGAAUAUGAGAAGAUUGCUUUUACGUAUGGCAUCACCGAUCUCAGAGGCCUGCUGAAAAGACUGAAGAAAACCAAAAAGGAAGAGAAAAAGAGUGAAGCAUUUUCCAAGAGACUGGAACCUGCAUAUCAGGCGGACAAAGGUGGAAAGAUCCGAUUAGUUGUGGACCUUGCUGACCCCACUGUGGAGUUAAAAUGGUACAAGAAUGGACAAGAGAUCCGCCCUACUCCAAAUAAUAGGAAGUAUAUCUUUGAGCACAAAGGCACUCAACGGAUAAUGGUUAUUAACAACUGUCAGAUAAACGAUGAUGCUGCCUACUCAGUCACUGCAGGAGAAGAGAAGUGCACCACUGAACUCUUUGUGAAAGAACUGCCUGUGAACAUAGUGAAAGUGCUGGAGCCUGUAAAAACCACAGUGAACGAGAGAAUUGAACUGGAGUGUGAGGUGUCUGAGGAAGGAGCCAAAGUUAGAUGGAUGAAAAAUGGGGUGGAGGUCCCCACAGGGGUGCGUUCACGGUACCGCGUGAAGUCCGAGGGGACCAAACACUGGCUGAUCAUUGACGAUGCCACAAAGGAUGACACUGGCACCUACUCCCUGAUGGCCACCGGGGGCACCACUGAAGCUCACGUUCAAAUUGAUUUGAAGCCUUUGAAGAUUUUAAUGGAUCUACAGAGUGUGACAAUGUUGUUGGGUCAACCUCUUAAAUUGAACUGUGAGAUUUACCCUGGAAACGUCCCGGGCCGCUGGUACAAGAACGGCCAGCUGGUCCAGUCUAGCGAACGCAUCAGCAUUAUGCACAGAGCCAAGAAUCACAACCUUGACAUUGAGAGCUCCACUAUUCAUGAUGCCGGUGAUUAUACCUUUGUUCCUGAGGGAUACACGCAGACGCUGUCUGCCAAAGUGCACAUCAUAGAUCCACCCAGGGUGCAUUUAGAGGCACUGAAUGUCCAGGAUAACACGGUGGUCAUUGUGGCUGGAAACAAACUCCGGCUGGAGAUCCCUAUUAGUGGAGAACCAGCACCCAGAGUCGUGUGGAUGAAGGGAGAACGUGUCAUCCUUGAUUCAGGAAGUCGGAUGCGUGCAGAGACAUUUGCAGACCACACCUGCCUCACUAUUGAUAUCGCAGAAAGAGAAGAUACCGGAAACUACAAGAUCGUUCUUCAGAAUGAAGCUGGAGAGGACACAGCUAGUAUAAAAAUCAAAGUUGUAGAUAUCCCAGAUCCCCCUGAGGCUCCUCUGGUUACUGAUGUUGGUGGAGAUUGGUGCACUAUGACAUGGGAGCCGCCACGCUAUGAUGGUGGUUCCCCCAUCCUUGGAUAUUUCAUUGAGCGAAAGAAGAAACAGAGCUCUCGAUGGAUGAGGCUGAACUUCGACCUUUGCAAAGAGACCACCUUUGAGCCGAAAAAGAUGAUUGAAGGUGUGCCAUACGAGGUGCGAAUCUUUGCCGUCAAUGCUAUCGGCGUCUCCAAACCCAGUGAGCCCUCCAAACCUUUCAUUCCCCUGGCUGUGACCAGUGAACCCACAACACUGGUGGUGGAUGACGUCACAGAUACCACAGUGACCAUGAAGUGGAGACCCCCAGACACCAUCGGUGCCGCUGGACUUGAUGGCUACCAAGUUGAAUACUGCCUUGAAGGAACUGACGAAUGGAUACUUGCUAAUACAGAGCUGACAGAAAAAACGAGGUACACUAUAACCGGUCUGCCAGUGGAGGCCAAGAUCUUAGUGCGUGUCAAGGCCAUAAAUGCUGCUGGGGCCAGUCCACCACGCACAACCCAACACUCCAUACUGGUCAAAGAGGUUGUCGAACCUCCUAAGAUUCGCAUACCUCGACACUUGAAGCAGACAUACAUUCGAAAGGUUGGCGAAGUCGUCAACCUCGUCAUGCCAUUUGUGGGUAAACCGAGGCCAAAAGUCAACUGGUUGAAAGAGGGUCAGCCGAUUGACAAAACCGUCAGCAUUCGCAACUCAGAUUGUGACAGCAUCAUGUUCAUCCGCAAGGCUGAGCGCAAGCACUCUGGGAAAUAUGAACUGAGCGUACAAGUGGAGAAUCAUAUCGACACGGCCACACUGGACAUCCAGAUAGUCGAUCUUCCAGGCCCACCACAGGCUGUAAAGAUCGAAGAGGUCUGGGGGAAUAAUGUAGCACUGGACUGGAGCCCACCCAAAGACAACGGCAAUGCACCCAUAAUAGGCUACACCAUCCAGAAAGCUGAUAAAAAGACAAUGGAGUGGUACUCAUGUAUAGAGCACUACCAUCGUACCUGCAUCACAAUCUCAGAUCUGGUGGUGGGUAACGAGUAUUACUUCAGGAUCUACUCAGAGAACAUGGUGGGCUUAAGUGAAAGUGCCACCGCCACUAAAGACAGUGCUCUGAUCGUGAAAGAAGGCUUGAAACUGAAAAUCCCAGAGUAUAAUGACCGUAACUUCACCGAGCCGCCCACUUUCACUCAGCCGCUUAUCAACACCUUUGCCAUCGCUGGGUACAACGCCACCCUGAACUGCAGCGUGCGUGCCAAUCCUCGGCCUAAGGUAAUCUGGAUGAAAAACAAGAUUCCCAUCAUAGACGACCCACGUUACCGCAUGUUCAGCAACCAGGGUGUGUGUACGCUUGAGAUCCGCAAGCCCAGCCCGUUUGACGGAGGUGUUUACACCUGCAAGGCUAUCAAUGACCUUGGAGAGGCUCAGGUGGACUGCAAACUAGAAGUCAAAGGUUAGUCUGUGCAUUAAAAUGAUCAUCUAGCACAGCCCAAUCCUGUUCCAGGAGAUCUACCUACCUGUGGAGUUCAGAUCCAACCCUGAUCAAACACACCUGUUUGUAAUUAUCAAGUGCUUCUGAGGAUCAUAAUUAGCCGCUUCAGUUGUGUUUGAUCUGGGUUGGAGCGGAACUUUUUAGGAAGGUAGAUCUCCAGGAACAGGACUGGGCACCCCUGAUCUAGCAUCUCAGAUGUGGAUACGGCAUCUUAAGAUCACUCCUUUAAGAGUAUAUGUGACCCUGGACCACAAAACCAGUCUUAAGUUG